AUGGAAUGUCAGAAGGUUGAGCUCAUGUGUCAUCGUCCCCCACUCAAUACGCAUGGAUCAAAUGUGUCCAAAGGUCCCCCACUCAAUACGCAUGGAGCAAAUGUGUCCAAAGGUCCCCCACUCAAUACGCAUGGAGCAAAUGUGUCCAAAGGUACCCCACUCAAUACGCAUGGAGCAAAUGUGUCCAAAGGUCCCCCACCCAAUACGCAUGGAUCAAAUGUGUCCAAAGGUCCCCCACUCAAUACGCAUGGAGCAAAUGUGUCCAAAGGUCCCCCACUCAAUACGCAUGGAGCAAAUGUGUCCAAAGGUCCCCCACUCAAUACGCAUGGAGCAAAUGUGUCCAAAGGUCCCCCACUCAAUACGCAUGGAGCAAAUGUGUCCAAAGGUCCCCCACUCAAUACGCAUGGAGCAAAUGUGUCCAAAGGUCCCUCACUCAAUACGCAUGGGGCAAAUGUGUCCAAAGAUCCCGGAUUCAAUACAUAUGAAUCAAAGGUGUCCAAAGGUCUAUGUCUCAAUACGCGUAGACAAAUGAUUCCAAAGCUCCUUAGCCAAAAUACCCACAAAUAG